AUGGCCAGGCGAGGUAGGAGCGCGGUGCCGGCGGCGGCGACGGCGGCGGCGGCGGCGACGGCGGCGACGGCGGCGGCCCGGACCCUGGAGGACCUGACGCUGGACUCGGGCUAUGGUGGCGCGGCGGACUCGGUGCGCUCGUCCAGCUUGUCGCUGUGCUGCAGCUCCGAUUCCCAGCCGGCGGCCCCGGCCCAUGGGGGCCCCCGCCGGCCGCGCCUGACGGGCUCCAUGCCCAGCCGCCACGGCAGCUUCGACACGGUCAACACCGUGCUGGGGGACGAGGCGGAGGGGCUGGACUGCGCCGGGCAGCAGGGGCCCCGGCUGCUGCCGGACCUCGACGAGGUGCCCUGGACGCUGCGGGAGGUGGAGGCGCUGCUCCUGCGGGCGCGGGAGCCCAACGGGGCGGCCUCCUCCUCUCCCCCGUCCCCGCUGCCCGCGGACGCGCUGGCCCGGCUGUCGCUGCUGGUGAGCCGCGCGCUGGUGCGCAUCGGCCGGGAGGCGCAGCGGCUGAGCCUGCGGCUGGCCAAGUGCGGCAAGGAGGAGGUGCGCAGCGCCGUGGCCAUCGUGCUGUCGUGGGGGCUGGCGGCCGGCUGCGCCCGGGCCGCCCUGGCCGCCCUGUCCCUGUACGACAUGGGCCGCGGCCGGCUGGGCCGGGCCAAGGCGGCCCGCUGCGGCCUCACCUUGUCGGUGGGCCGCGUGCACCGCUGGAUGCUGGACGGCCGCCUGGCGCUGCGCGUCCACGAGCACGCCGCCAUCUACCUGACGGCCGGCCUGGAGAGCCUCUUCCGCGACGUGUACGGGCGGGCCCGGGCCGGCCCGGCCUCCGAGCCCUCCGCCGCCGCCGCCGCCUCCUCCUCCGCCUCCUCCUCCGCCGCCGCCGACCCCCGCGCCUUCACCCUGGAGACCCUGGACCGGACGGUCUCCAACGACCCGGAGCUCUGGGGGCUGCUGCAGCCCUACCAGCACCUCAUCUGCGGCAAGAACGCCAGCGGAGUCCUUUGCUUGCCAGACUGCCUGAGUCUUCACCGAGAUCAGCAAAGGUCGAACAAACCAGGAGAAGUACAGAUGUUCAGCCAGUCAGAAUUGAGAACUAUAGAACAGUCUCUGCUCGCAACCCGGGUUGGGAGUAUCGCCGAGCUGAGUGACCUGGUGUCUCGGGCAAUGCAUCACCUCCAGCCUCUCAAUUCAAAGCAAUAUGGCAACGGCACCCCCAUGCACAAUAAGCAAGGGGCACUCUACUGGGAGCCAGAAGCCUUGUACACCCUCUGUUACUUUAUGCACUGUCCCCAGAUGGAAUGGGAAAACCCCAACGUGGAACCCUCCAAGGUCACACUGCAGACUGAGAGGCCAUUCCUGGUGCUCCCACCUCUGAUGGAAUGGAUCCGGGUGGCCGUGGCUCACGCCGGGCACCGCCGCAGCUUCUCCCUGGACAGCGACGACGUUCGGCAGGCUGCCAGGCUUCUGCUGCCGGGAGUGGACUGUGAGCCCCGACAGCUAAAGACUGAUGACUGCUUCUGUGCUUCUCGAAAACUGGACGCCGUGGCCACCGAGGCAAAGUUCAAACAGGAUCUGGGCUUCCGAAUGCUGAACUGCGGACGGACGGAUCUAGUGAAGCAGGCCGUGUCCCUGCUGGGGCCCGAUGGAAUCAACAGCAUGAGUGACCAGGGCAUGACCCCUCUGAUGUAUGCCUGUGUCCGGGGAGAUGAAGCCAUGGUCCAGAUGCUGCUGGAUGCCGGAGCGGAUCUGAACGUGGAGGUAAUCAGUACUGCUAAUAAAUAUCCAUCCGUUCAUCCUGAGACUCGCCAUUGGACAGCUCUGACAUUUGCUGUGUUGCAUGGACAUAUUCCUGUAGUCCAGCUCUUGCUGGAUGCUGGGGCCAAGGUUGAAGGCUCUUUAGAACACGGUGAGGAAAACUAUUCUGAAACACCUUUACAACUUGCCGCUGCCGUAGGAAAUUUUGAACUGGUUAGCUUGCUGCUGGAACGAGGAGCUGACCCCAUGAUAGGAACAAUGUACAGAAAUGGAAUUUCUACAACUCCACAGGGUGACAUGAACUCUUUCAGCCAGGCCGCAGCACACGGACACAGGAAUGUGUUCCGCAAACUGCUUGCUCAGCCAGAGAAGGAGAAGAGUGAUAUCCUGUCCCUGGAGGAGAUUCUGGCUGAGGGAAGUGACUUGGCGGAGACAGCUCCAUCUCCGCUGUGUGCCAGCCGCAACAGCAAGGCAAAACUGAAAGCCCUGAAAGAGGCCAUGUAUCACAGCGCUGAACAUGGAUAUGUGGAUGUAACAAUUGACAUAAGGAGCAUAGGCGUGCCGUGGACUCUGCAUACGUGGCUCGAGUCUUUGCGAAUUUCCUUCCAGCAACACCGGAGACCUCUCAUCCAGUGCUUGUUAAAGGAGUUUAAAUCCAUCCAGGAAGAAGAGUACUCAGAGGAACUUAUUACCCAGGGGCUGCCUUUGAUGUUUGAGAUACUGAAAGCCAGCAAGAACGAAGUGAUUAGUCAACAGCUUGCAGUCAUCUUCACACACUGUUAUGGACCCUAUCCCAUCCCAAAGCUUAUUGAAAUCAAGCGUAAACAGACUUCACGUUUAGAUCCCCAUUUUCUUAACAAUAAAGAAAUGUCUGACGUUACCUUUCUGAUAGAAGGAAGACCAUUUUAUGCCCACAAAGUGCUGCUGUUUACGGCUUCUCCGAGGUUCAAAGCACUGCUAUCAAACAAAACUACAUCUGAUAGCACUUGCAUAGAGAUCAAUUAUGUGAAAUAUCCCAUCUUUCAGCUGGUUAUGCAGUAUCUUUACUAUGGUGGGGCUGAGUCGUUGCUCAUCAAAAACAGUGAAAUAAUGGAGCUUUUAUCUGCUGCCAAAUUUUUCCAGCUUGAAGCUCUGCAACGCCACUGUGAGAUCAUUUGCGCAAAAAGCAUCAACACAGACAACUGUGUGGACAUUUACAACCACGCCAAGUUUCUUGGAGUCACAGAACUCUCGUCUUACUGUGAAGGCUAUUUUCUCAAAAAUAUGAUGGUCCUCAUUGAAAAUGAAGCCUUUAAGCAGCUUUUGUACGACAAGAACGGAGACGCAACAGGUCAGGAUGUACUGCAGGAUUUACAGAGGACGUUGGCGACAAGAAUUCACUCCAUCCAUUUAUCAUCUUCGAAAGGCUCGGUGGUGUAAAGAAGAUAAUGCCCUGAAAGGUCUCAAACCAAUUCCCUUGUUGCAUUAGCGUCUCGUGAAUAGGCAGGAUUCCACCCGGCGUCCGGUUUUGUCCGAGGGGCUGCAUCCAUAGCUUGGCUUCUCUUGGAUGAGUGGAGUCAUCCAAGUCCCAUAUGCAGUCUGCGUCGGGAGGACUUCCUACUGUUACGUGAAUUACUGCUGUGACCUGCUUUUGAAGAUUAACCUGUGGGCAUGGAGCAGCCAGUGCCAACAGAAUCCACCCCAGUGAAUAGCAAAAAGCCCUCGAACAGUAAAGCUGGGGACCCCCGUCAAUUAUGAAACUGACAAAUUGAUAACUUACUGGUUGUUUUGUUCUACGUUAUCUAUUUAAGAACCAUACUGUACCUAUCCCCGAGACCAUCAUAUUGUGCAUUUAAGAACUUCGUUGUUGCAAUCUGACAAGGUCUAAUUGUGUUGUAGAACUGAUAAGACUGUUAACGAUACUAAGGAACUAUACUGGCAAAUUUGUAGGGGUGGGAGCUUUUUAAAAUGUUCAUAAAAACGGGCAACCUUGUAGUUUAAAAUACAUUUCUAAAGCUUAAAAGUUCAUUUUCAACCGAA